AUGGGACCACCGAAACCGAAACACAAUAACCUAAGAGAAGAAUUUCUCUCUCUAAACCAAAAAUCGCCAAAUCGUGCCCUAGCAAAAGAAGACUCUCAAUCGCCGCCGCGGGUGCCUCCCUUCUGCCGGCCGACCGGCAACCUCUACAGCGGCACUGCUCUAUACCGAGGUGGCGGCGAGCUCAAAGUUCGGUCAUCUCACACUCCGCGGCAUGGCGUCUCUCCGUUUCCUAUGGGCCAUGGUGGUUCUCGAGGGUGCUCCGACGGUUGUUCGGCGAGUUGCGGUCACCGCCGUUUUCCUUCGCCGUGGUGGGGGAAUGGACUGAGACCGACGCCGUAUAGUUCCUUGGAUCUUGCCGUCUCCUGGUGUUGGGGUGUUGGGAUUCGACGAGGGGUGGUCGACUGCCAUCCGGUUUGGUGUUGGGGGGCUAGAUCGGUGUUGGGCUCUCGGUGUAGUCCGUACAUAUUCAUGGAAGAAGGAAAGAGAGGUCUCCACAUAGUGAUGUUCCCAUGGCUAGCCAUGGGCCACAUCCGGCCAUUCUUCCGACUUUCCGUCGAACUAGCUCUAAAGGGUCACCGGAUUUCCUUCAUAUCCACUCCGGCAAACCUGCAAAGAGCCGUCAAAGUGCCUCCACAUUUAGCCCACCUCAUCACCCUCGUCAGCUUUCCUUUGCCGCAAGUCGACCACUUACCUCUCCAUGCCGAGUCAUCCAUGGACGUGCCGAUGCCUAAACAACAGCUCCUCAAGGUAGCGCUCGACUUGCUCCAGCCGUCCGUACGUUCCUUUCUGGAGAGCGUGAUGCCUAAGCCGGAUUGGAUCGUGUACGAUUAUGCCAGCCAUUGGCUGCCCGCUCUAGCGCAGGAGAUUGGGAUAUCGACCGCCUUUUUCAGCCUCUUCACCGCCGCUUUCAUGGCAUUUUUAGGGCCGCCGUCUGCUCUGAUCGCGAGCCAGAGGUCGACUGCCGAGGACUACACGGUCGUGCCCGACUGGAUCACUUUCCCGAGCAAUAUGGUUUUCCGCCGGCAUGAGUUGGCAAAGAAUAUGGAAAAAGAUCUUGACGGACACGACUACGACUCGGGCACAUCGGAUUCGAUCCGGUUCGGCCUCUCCAUAGACGGGAGCCAAAUUGUGAUCUUCCGGUCGUGUCCAGAGUUCGAGCCCGAGUGGUUCCGUCUCGUAUCCCAACUCUACCGAAAACCGGUGAUUCCAAUCGGCGUCCUCCCGCCUAAAGAGGACGACCAAUUGGAGGAGGAAGCCGACGCGGAGUGGCAAAGGAUCAAAGAAUGGUUGGACGCCCGAGGAGAAAGCUCGGUUGUUUAUGUGGCGCUCGGGAGCGAGGUCACGUUAUCGAGUGGAGAAGUCCACGAGCUGGCCCUCGGUCUAGAGCGGUGUGGGUCUCCUUUCUUUUGGGUCCUCAACAACAGCAACAGGGGUCUCGAGAUGCUCCAUCAGGGGAUGGUGUGGGCGAAGUGGGCCCCACAGGUGAGGAUACUCGGCCACCCGGCUGUCGGGGGAUUCUUGACGCACUGCGGGUGGAACUCAGUGACCGAGGGCCUUGGCUUUGGGCGUGUCCUCAUUCUACUGCCCGUGAUGCAUGAUCAGGGGAUGAACGCGAGGCUCCUAAGGGAGAAGGGGGUCGGGCUAGAUAUACCGAGAGAUGAGGGGGAUGGGUCGUUUACGUGGGCCCACGUGGCGGACACAGUGAGGGCGGCGAUGGUGGGGGAGGAGGGGAGGAGGGCGAGGGAGAAGGCAAGGGAGAUGAAGGAGUUGUUUGGGGAUGAAAGUAGAAGUAGGGCUUACGUGGACAAUUUGGUUGAAUGUAUGGUGGGGAGUGUGUAA